AGGAUGCGGCGUAAUUGUUCACAAGUGUAACACAUUUUAUAAAUAAUACAUAACAGCCUGAGCCAUUAACUUGUUAAAUCAGAAUAAACUGUUGAGCGCCGGCCGAAUGCAUGAAUGCUCGACUAAGCUGUUCCACAAAAUAAGUUCUGUUUAUUGCCGACAAACACACGCGAUGUGCGGAGCUAACAAUACUAGUACUGUACAUCAGGAAACCAAUAUAAUGUAUAUUGUCGGAUAUUUGCCUUCAGUCGAGAGCAGAAGUGACUUCCUAGCCAUCGCAGACGCAUUGUUCUCUCUGAUACGAUUUUUUCCACGGACUUGGAUAUUGUAAACUGGCAGCGAGAUGCGAACUCGUUGUACAGAUGCUGAAAUAGAAACGUCAGACAAUGCCGUCUAAUAGGAAUUAGAAAAUUUGUUACUCUUGAUUAAGGCGAGAGUGGGACGGCAUAGUGGUUUGCGCGUCGCUGGAUUUACUUUGUGUAUCAGUCAAUCCUACGAUAUAUUCGACUAGCAUUCAAAGAUGCGACAUAAAAUAAAUAAUUUAUUUUAGUGAGAAGUAAUUUAAAUUUAAUCGAAUGUUGAAAUAAACUCACACUGAUUAUUAAUGUUUAGAACAUAUGUUUUAAUACACAAGCAAUUAAAUUUUCUAUUGAAUAUGUGAGCUUAAAAAAGUACCACGAAAAUAUAAAAAAUAAGAAAAAUCUUUUUUUGUAAAAUUGAAAAAUGAUUUGUGGUAUAAGACUCUUGAUUUAGUCUACACAUAACAUUGAACAAUAAUCUGUGAUCAAAAGUUCCCAUUGGACGCUGUUCAGAGUGUUUUGUGGCCCUUGGAUAACAUUCGAACAUAGAACAGUACACGUGUGGGAUCCGGGUAUGUGAACCAUGCCACGCUCUCCCCUCGCCGACGUCCUGUUGCGCGUGGCUGUAUUGUCCCUGCACGUGACAACAACCGUCGUUUCAGCCAUCAGUUCUCGAGACGAGAUAAUUCCGAAGCCUUACUUCAUAAAAGAUGAGCUGAACACAACUUUUCUGGUGGGUGAUACGGCGAAACUGCUAUGCGGAGUUAUGGACCUUGGAACAAAAUAUGUUACGUGGAAGCGGGACAACACCGUGCUGACGGUCGGGAUGGUGUCCUUCGUCCAGAAUUCCGAGUACGAGAUUCACCACAUCGAGCCUUACUGGAAUCUGCUGAUCAAGAAUGUGCAGCUGAGACACGCGGGAUUGUACGAAUGUCAUAUAAACACGCAGGAUAAAAUGAAAAGAAUGGUGUAUCUCAAUGUUUUAGAUGAUGUUGAUCAUCGAAAACCCACAAUCAACAUAAGCGGCCUGUUUCAUGUAGACAUGGGACAGACAAUCAAACUCCGCUGUAACGCGACGGAUACCGCCGCACCCCCGGAUCACGUGGAUUGGUUCAAGGACGGCAACUCUUUGCAUUCGAGUGAGGCCCGUGGAAUAAGCAUAACUAAGAAAUUCUCAGUCACGUCCAGGACUAUCAGUAGUGAUUUAGAAAUUAAGGAGGCUAAGAUGUCAGAUAAAGGAACAUACACUUGUCGAACGUCCGACAGGCAGGUUGUGAGCGUCAAUGUAAAUAUUCUGAAAGUAGAGACGCAGCCUAGAAAUAUAAGAGAUGAAAAGUUACAAAUACCCGAUUCUAGCGCUGCGACAGGAGGAUUUAACAGUUGUUCCAGUAUAUACUUUUACCCACAACGUUUUAAUCUUCAAAUCCCCAUUUCUUUGGCAGCGACUUGGAUGUGUUUGUUUUUGAGUUUGAACCGAUGACGAGGUAAAAAGUUGAACUGUUAGAAAACUAAUUAUUGACUGAUUAAGAUGCCGCUGGCUGACAUCGACAUUUCGUUUGUUGUGUGUAUGUGAAACAUGGUGCGAAAUGUGAACCAUUAUGCACAUCUGUUGUGUAAACAUAGUAUAAAGACAGAGGGUAUUGUGAAGUGACAACUUUCGACGGUACUUCAAAUACAGAAUUGCACGGCAUUAUAACAUAAACAAUCCGAAUAUCGGAAAAAUAGUGUGAUAACAUAUCCUUUAUUGCAAGGAUUAACUACGAUACAUUAUAACAUACAUUUGUGACAGAUGUGAUAACAGUGUUGUUAUGACGUCAUCAGUUACGUAUGGUGUAUAUGGAUGUUUUUUAAAAAGUAUAUUUCCGUAAGUAUUGUAUAUUUCCAAACACAGCUCACGCCAUUCCUCUUCAUUGUGUUUGUCGAUCUGUAUCGCAAAUUAUGUUCAUCAAUGUUAUUAUUUUCGUAAUGUCAUAUCAAUAACAUAAUGUAUGCCAUAAGUUUAAAACGUAAGCUACAAUAACUUAUUCUAUAAAUGCAUUAAUUAUCUUUAAAAAUGUAGUUUUUUUUUAAAGUUCUACCUCAAAGUGUUUAGUUUUUACAGUCGCUGGUUUGAUGAACGAGACAUAAAAUGAAACAUCCUUAGCUAUUUUAUUAUUUUGUUUACGCACAUGGUUGAAAGAUCAGUUGAUUCAAUUAUAAGCACGUGAAUUUAAAUGUCAUGAUAACAUAUACGUUUUAACGAUGUUUUUAAAUGUACAUAAUUGUCUAUUGUUAGUUUAUGCAUCGAUGAAUUUCAACAUUUAAAUAUUCAAUCAAAUUAAAAAAAACUUAUUUGAAAUAUAUUCAAAUAAACAAUAGAUGCUUAUGUUUAGAAAAAAAAGAAACGAAUAAUGAGGUGUACAUGCAAGUAACAUUUGACUAUAUCCGAAUCAACCACUUUAUGUGUGCACGUGUGUGUGUUUAUAUGUUAUCUAACAAAGCUAUGUUGGUAAUGCCUGUUCUUUAGAACAUGUGCGUUGCCCCCUAAAAAGUUAACUACAAUAUCUGGACACUGGUACUAUGUUAAAAAAUCCAAUGUAAAUUACAUAAGUUACAGCUCUUAAACAUGUAUAUAUUUUAAAUAAAUAAACUUAAGGUAUAUUUAUAUUUUACAUAUGCAUGUGUCUUAUAACAUUUUAUUGUUACUCUUCACUUUACUGUAAUAAAUAAUGUGUAAAUGAUAA